AUGAACAGCUUGACUCCUAUGCGUCUCUGUGUGAGACGCAUCUCUAGCGUCCAACCUCGCCCAGGACUAUCCACGCGUCUACAUUCACCUGUAUUCCCCCUCGGACGCUUCCCGAGAAUGGCAUCCACCGCGUUUCAGUUCGCCGAGGGCGAGGAUGCGCAGCAGCUGGCUCGCGACGCCGAGAGUCUACUGCAGCAGGGUUGGUCGCAGGAUGGAGAUGGGAUGGGGGUCACCAAGACAUUCCACUUUAAGAGUUAUUUUAAGGCCGUUGCGUUUGUUAAUAUGGUGGCGGCCGAGAGCGCGUCCAAGAAACAUCAUCCCACUAUGACGGUGCGGAUUGGCUCCGUCGACGUGCACUGGACGACCCAUCGUCCACGGGGGUUCACACAAAAAGAUGUUGCGAUGGCGCAGCAUUGUGACCAGGGCGCUGGCCUGAUGGGUGCGGUUGAUCCUGGUCAGGGAUUGAAAUGUGGUCCGGUCUAA